AUUUUAGUAAUCAGUAGUAGACCAGUAGUUCAACAGUCAUGAACAGUCAGUUAAAGAUACAUGUCGUCAUUCGUCAUGUAUAACCAACAUAGCAAUUUUUAUUGAUGAUUGUACUUAGUUAUACCUAUAUAUAUAUUUUUUUAUUACUCAUAUUUCAUUUUAGAAUAUCAUAUUGGAGAACAUAAACCAACUGUGAUUAAAACCAAGUUAAUAAAUUGUUGAUCAAUAAUAAUAAGUUAUGGAUAACAGUAAAAAAUAUGAUAAUCCAAAUCCAAGAUUGACGGCUAAUAUUUUUAGUAAAUUAAUAUUUUGGUGGAUGAAUCCCUUAUUUUUAUACGGAAGAACUCAUGAUUUGCAAAUAAAAGAUUUACCAAAUGUUUUACCUGACGACCGGAGCGAACCGCUUGGAGAUGUUCUCGAGAGAAAUUGGAAAAAGGAGCAAGAUGCAGCGCGUGAAGAAAAAAGAUCACCAAAAUUGUAUACUGCUCUCAAACAUACAUACUUGCUGUCGUAUUCCUUGUUUGGAUUUUUUAUAGCUCUAUGCACUGCUGUCAGAAUACUUCAACCGUAUGUAAUGGGGCUUCUUAUCUGGCAUUUUGAUCCACGAUCCGAUAGUUCAACCAGCGAAGCCUACACAUAUGCAUCUAUCGUAAUAUUCUUAUCGUUCGUUCUCGGACUACUUGAGCACCAUAUGAAUUCAAAACAAACCGAGUUUGGAAUGCGCGUAAGAGUGGCAUGUUCAUCAUUGGUCUACCGAAAGAUGUUAAAAUUAUCAACACCAGCAGCAAACAAAAUAGCCGGCGGUCAGAUAAUGAACUUGCUGUCAAACGACGUCGCUCGAUUCGACUAUCUCUUCAUGUUCCUCCACUACAUUUGGAUCGUGCCGUUCCAAGUAGUAGCAACAGGCUAUUUAAUUUGGCAAAGCGUCCGAGCAGCAAUUCUCGCUGGAAUAUUUUUUAUGGCCAUCCAGGUGAUCCCACUACAGAUGUACCUCAGCAAAUGGACCUACAAAUUCCGUAACAAAAUCGCCAAGCGUACCGACGAGCGAGUGCGCCUGAUGGCAGAAAUAAUAAACGGCAUCCAAGUAAUCAAAAUGUACACCUGGGAAAAACCAUUCCAGCAGUUAGUUUCAAUAGCGCGUAAAUACGAGAUCGAUAUCCUGACAAUAAUGUCUUAUCUAAAGGGAUUUAAUUACGCGACAUUUGUCUUCACCGAACGUAUAACACUUUACUUAACAAUAAUGGCUUUUGUACUGGCUGGUAACAGCCCAUCAGCAGAUAUUGUAUUUUCAAUAGCGCAGCAUUUAAAUAGACUUCAAUUAACAAUGGCGAUCUACUGCCCGCAAGCAAUAUCAGCGAUCGCGGAGGGUCUGGUAUCUGUCAAGCGAUUGGAGCAAUUUUUAUUACUAGAAGACAACAAACCAUUGAUGGUAUCCUCUUCACCCGCUGAUAAAUCCACAGUGAAAAUAAAAGACGGUACCGCUGCUUGGGAAGAAAAUUCUAUUGUAAAUACUCUUCACAAUAUUAACAUCACAAUUAACAGCGGACAAUUGUGCGCUUUGAUUGGUCCAGUAGGUGCUGGAAAAAGUUCCCUGCUUCAAUUAAUUCUCGGCGAGCUGCCCACUAAUCACGGACACGUUACAGUUGGAGGGAGAGUCUCAUACGCUGGCCAGCAACCUUGGCUAUUUUCCGGCUCGGUAAGAAACAACAUUCUAUUCGGCCAGCCUUACGACGAAGCUCGCUACCGACAAGUAACCCGAGUCUGUGCCUUAUUAAAAGACUUCGUACAACUACCUCAAGGAGACAAGACUUUAGUGGGCGAGCGUGGAGCUGCCCUAAGUGGUGGGCAGCAAGCUAGAAUUAAUCUAGCUAGAGCAGUUUACAGAGACGCUGAUAUUUAUCUUCUGGAUGAUCCAUUGUCCGCUGUUGAUACUCAUGUGGGCAAAAGCUUGUUUGAAGAUUGUAUCAAAGGGUACUUAGGUAACAAAACUAGGAUUCUUGUUACGCAUCAAGUACAGUACUUGAAGGACGUUGAUCUUAUUGUGAUGAUUAAUAAUGGAGUCAUUGAAAAGCAAGGAAGCUUUGCGGAAUUUGAUGAACAUCGUUUGAAACUCAUGGAUACUGCCACGGAGAAAGCUGAGAGAAGCCCUUCAGUUGAAAAAGAAAUUACGCCCUCUGUGGAUACUUCUGUGGUGUCCAAUGGACUGAGUGAGGAUGAAAGUGAAGAGCCGGAGGAAACUCAGGAGCUUAUGGCUAAAGGCAAUAUUACUAAAUCGCUAAUUUGGAAGUAUUUUAGAGCAGGUGGUUCGAUUAUGAUGCUCCUAGUUUGGCUUUCUUUUACUAUUUUGGGUCAAAUUGGAAGCAGUGGCUCGGAUUAUUGGGUCGCUUUUUGGACCACGCAAGAAGAAAUGAAGUUUAGAAUUGAAGCUAAUAAAAUUUUGAAUUUUAAUAAAACUUUGGAUAAUAAUUCAAGUUCUUUAGAGGAAAAUUCAAAAUUUGACAAUGAAACUUUUGGAAAUUUAAUUAACCAAACUUUUAAUAAUGCAAAUUUUACAAACCGAGAAUUUUACGACAGAGAUACUGCAUUAUAUAUCUACGGAAUUCUAAUUGCACUUUGUGUAAUAAUGACAACAGCCAGAAAUUUAUUAUUCUACAAAAUUUGUAUGAACGCAAGUAAAAAUUUGCACAACUCAAUGUUCGCUUGUUUAUUACAAGCACCAAUGAAGUUUUUCAACACAACCUCUUCAGGAAGAAUAUUAAACAGAUUUUCAAAAGACAUUGGAUGUGUUGAUGAACAACUGCCCAAGUUUAUGGUAGAAGCGAUACAAAUUUACGCUGUGAUGCUCGGAAUAUUUAUCCAAAUAAUAAUAGUCCACUGGUGGAUGUCAUUUUUGAUCACAAUUAUGAUACUAUUUUACUGGAUGAUAAAAAAUAUUUACCUUGCGACGGCUCAGGAUGUAAAGCGGCUGGAGGGAGUGACUAAAAGUCCCGUUUUUACGCACGUAAACUCCUCAAUGGCGGGACUGACGACCAUCAGGUCGGCUAACAGUCAGGAGCUGGUGCGGAAAGAGUUUGACUCUUACCAAGACGUCCACACGAGCGCGUUUUCAACAAUAGUCUUCUCAAGCGCUUGGUUCUCCUUCUGGCUCGACGCGGUUACGAUUGUGUUUGUCGCUUGCACUAUUUACAGCUUUAUAAUUAUGGAUAAUGACAACACUUUCGCUGGACCGGUAGGUUUAGUUGUCUCGCAGAUUCUUAUCCUCUGUGGCAUGUGCCAGUUUGGAAUAAGAUCAACUGCUGAAGCUAUGACUCAGAUGACCAGUGUAGAGAGAGUGCUGCAGUUUACUAAGCUGGACAAGGAAGGUCCGUUUGAGAGCGACGUUAAUCAGAAGCCAGCUGCUACCUGGCCAAGUCAGGGAGAGAUUAAGUUCGAUCAUGUUUAUUUGAAGUACAGUGAGGAAGAUGCUCCGGUGCUUAAAGACUUAAAUGUUACCUUUGAAGCGGGAAUGAAGGUAGGAAUCGUGGGACGUACUGGAGCUGGUAAAUCAUCGCUGAUCUCUGCGCUGUUCAACUUGGCUAAGUUUGACGGUAAUAUUUACAUCGACGGGGUCAGUACUAAUAAAAUUGGCCUGUAUGAUCUAAGAAGUAGAUUGUCGAUUAUUCCUCAAGAGCCGAUUCUUUUCUCAGCGAGUCUUCGAGAUAAUCUUGAUCCUUUUCAUGAAUAUAAUGAUGCCAGUAUCUGGGCUGCUUUGGAGGAGGUUGAAUUGAAGAAUGCUGCUCCCUCGCUUGAUUAUAUUGUCACUCAGGGGGGAAGCAACUUCAGUGCUGGGCAAAGACAGCUCUUGUGUCUUGCUAGGGCGAUAGUGAGGAAUAAUAAAAUUCUGAUCUUAGAUGAAGCUACUGCUAAUGUUGAUCCGGCUACUGAUGCGCUUAUCCAGAAGACUAUUAGGAGUAAGUUUAAGGACUGUACUGUACUUACCAUCGCGCAUCGGCUUAAUACCAUUAUGGACAGUGAUAGGGUCCUGGUGAUGGAUAAUGGGAGAAUUGUUGAGUUCGAUCAUCCCCAUUUACUUCUGAAAAAUAAAGAGGGGUAUUUUAGUAAGAUGUUGAAGGAAACUGGGAAAAAUAUGAGUGAUAAACUUAAAUUAAUUUCGGAAGAAAGUUACAAUAAUAAAGCCACUGCCGGUGAACCUAAUCAAAUAGUCAAUGGAACACCAAAGUCAUAAAUUUUAAGUUACUAAUUAA